UUCUGUGGAAUGUUUUCCUUCAGUUAAACAUUCCAUAAAUAAUGGGAGUAUAAAUAUAACUACAGAAAACCAGUGGGCUUCAGAAGACAACAUCUCUUUACAUACCGAAGACACACAGAAACUCCAGCCAUGGAAUCAGAGCCAAUCGAAGUGGCAGCCCUAGGAAGACCUUUGUUUCCUGGAAUGCUGUAUGACUGCCGCAAGGAUUCCUUCAUUCCAGGUGUUACUCUUUGGGAUAAGAAAUCAUUGAGUGAAGAUUUGGACAGUCGUCCGCAGCCCAUGACAGAUUUGAAGUUCAGUAGCUCUGAUUCUCUCUCUAGUAAAUCCAGUCUCAUGGAUAUAAGUGCUUCCCUGAAGGCCAGCUUUAUGGGGGGGCUGGUGGAGGUAGGAGGAUCUGCCAAAUACCUGCGUGACACCACAUCCUCAAACAAACAGUCCCGAGUUACAAUGCAUUAUAGUGUAACCUCCAAAUUUGAACAGCUCACUAUGACCCAACUGGGCCAGAUCACCUACCCCCAGGUGUUUGACCAGAAAACUGCAACUCAUGUGGUCACGGCUGUUCUGUACGGAGCUCAUGCCUUCAUGGUGUUUGAUCUGAUGUCUUCAGAAGGUGAAAGCAAGCAGGAGAUUGAGGGAAAACUGAAUGUCAUGGUAAAGAAGAUUCCUGGAUUUUCUAUUGAGGGAGAAGGAUCUGUAAAAAUGACAGAUGGUGAAAAGAAAACCGCUGAGAAUAUCAACUGCACAUUUCAUGGUGACUUUCAACUUGAGCAGAACCCCACCACAUACAUGGAGGCCCUGAAAUUGUACAAUCAGCUCCCCACAAUGCUGAAGGAUGGAGUACCAAUAAAAGUCUGGCUAUAUCCUCUUCAUUUAUUAGACAAAGAAGCUGCUCAGUUAGAGAGAGAAAUCAGCACACGUCUGGUUUCCAACACUGCAGAUAUAAUGGAGGAGCUGGAAGAGGUAGAGAGAACAUACAACGAUCUGUCCAGAAGAACAGAGGUAAAUGUUUUCAGUGACAUUCAAGAGAGGCUGCACUCAUUUCAGAACUCAUUUAGCAUUUACAAGACAGUGCUUCAAAAAGCAGUGGCCAGGGUCCUGCCUGCUAUUCGAGGAGGAGGAGAGGAGGAGGAGAAACUGGCAGACAUCUUGGAGAUCCACUACAGCUCCCCUUUUAAUGCUGACAAGCUUAACCAGUGGUUACAUGAUGCAAAUUCUGAACUUAACCUCUUGAGUUCUCACACCAGGAAGCUGGAGAAGAUCAAAAUUGAAGACUCUGAUGGUCUGAACACCAUCCUCCUUGAUCCUGAUAUUGACGUUGUGGUGUGCUUGACCUUCACGUCUCUGAAGUAUGAAGACCCGUAUCUUUCAGCCCUGAUUGAGUUCCUGAAAUCUGAUAAGUUUAAAGAGUUGGAUGGAAACAAAAAUAUGCUGUCUGAGGCAUCUGUCGGAAAAUGGUUCAAUGAUCCUGAUGUAAUAAGAAAAAUGAGAGAGAACUUAUCUCUCUUCAGAGGUUUUUCAGAAGCCAAUAAAGAUGAAAAGAGAAUCCGCUUCAUUAUUUCUGCUGUCUCUGAUCCCUCCAAUCCAGGCUCCUCUAUCUAUUUGUACGAAAAAGGAAAUCUGACAGACCCACAGUUCAAGCCCGUGUCAAAGCCGCCCCCACCGAUAGUGCAGGAUGUCCAGGACCAAAGUGUGUCCCUGAAACUGCAGAAAUCUCCAAGUGGAGUAACAGUGCAGUACAGAGUAGAGUACAAGGAGGUAAAAGCAGAUUCUGGUGCUGAUGAACAGUGGCUUUUCAUAAACACAGCUGAUGAAGACUUUACUCUGACUGGAUUGGAAUCCGGAAAGCAGUAUUUGAUCCGGUACAGGACAGUGGGUAAAGUGGGAGUGAGUGAAGCCAGUGAUACUGUCAGCCCCAUACCGUCUGCAGCACAAGAUGUGACUGUGGGUGGGAAAGGAGGUGAUCCAUUCUCCUUUAAGAGCUUUUCCAGCAGCAUUCAGAAGAUCAGCAUCACUUACAGUGAGGUGUCACUGAACACAGUUGAGGUGACUUUCAACACUGGCCAGAAGAUGACAGUUGGUAAUGUAGCAGGAUCUAAAGGACAAACAUUUGAACUUGAUGAAUAUGAUAAAGUUGUUGCUGCAACACUGUGGCCAAAUAUUCAAAAUAACAUGUGUGGGGGUUUGGAAUUUGUGGUUGCAAAAAACACUGGUGAAAGAAAGUCAUUUUCUGUUAAGUGUGAUCAACUGGGUGAACCUGUGAGUGUUGAUGUGAAGUCUGGAAGGUGUUAUGGCUUUAUGGGGAGAAGCGGAGAUGAAAUUGAUGCUCUGGGUUUCUACUUUGUUUAAGCUCAAGCUAUCUGUUGCUGACAGUCUCCAAAUAUCUGAACAUCUAAAAAAAAUGACAUCUAAACAGCAAUCAUAUACUCAUAUAUAUCAGGGUUAUUCAAUAUGAUUGGACAUGAUUGGUUAUGAUUGAAGUAUCAGAUUUUGAAUUAAUCAGUGGUGUGUGAAUCAGACAAUUAAAAUAUAUUUUUUAGGUAAAUGGAACCAAAAUAAACAAAUUAAUUUAUGAGUCAGUGAUUAAAUAGUGAUUGUAUUUGAGAAUAUUCUGGUAGAAAAAAAAUGUAUUGAAUCUUAUUCUGUCAUUUAUGUCUAUCGUUAUAUUUCUGUUCUUUAUCAUCUGUUCUGUUUUGUAGCUUGUGGAAGUACAAAAUAUCUUGAUGUACUUGUAGAAUUACAACAAAGAGUUUAACUUGAUUUUGUCUGACACAAGCCGUUUUUUUUUUUUUUUUUUUUUUUUUUUUUUGUGUGUGUGUGUAUUUCAUGAUCUUUUAUUUUAGUUGCUCACAAAGUUGUUGCUCACAAAUUUUCAUUUUUAUGUUCAAAGUAACUAAUUAUAUAUUAACAGUGUGUAUCAAUGUGUGUCCAGGACAAAAGCCAAAGAAAAUUAUGAGGUAGAAAGAGAAAUGUAGAAAAAAAACAACAACAAAAAAGACAUACAUAAGGCAACCUAAUGCAGGCAUCAAGCAACAUGAGUUCACAAAAGUUGAACUUUAUGCAAAUGUGCAGCAAUUGGGAGCAACAGCCAAUAGGAGUGAAGUUAGUGGAGCUGUUAGUGGAG